AUGGCCAAAAUCAAGGCUUGGGACCUUUGCAGCAAGGAGGAGGAGGAACCUUUAAAACAGUUGUACGAAGUGGAGCUCUGGUGGCCUUACUCAGAAGGCCAACUUAAGGGCAAGGAGUGCAAACACCUGGGUCUGCGGCCCAAGAAAACACGUGCCAUGCGCCAAAGGCUCAACAAGCACGAGGAGAACCUGACGACCAAGAAGAGGCAGCGAAAAGAGCGCCUGUACCCACUGCAGAAAUAUGCAGUCAAGGCCUGA